AUGCCCUUCAAACCACCAAAAUCCAAUGGCACAUCUGCUACAAUUCGACAGUCGCCGAGAAAGCGGAAGCAAGACGAUAUAGAGCUAGAUUCCAUACCUGAACCGAGCCGACAUGAGUUGAAGUCAAGUGAUGCUCAACGUUGCACAGAAGGGAGCGCUGUCGAACAAAACAAGCCUCCUCGACCACGCAAGAAGACCAAGGCAGAUAUUAUACUAGAUGAACCAGGCCGAACCGAUGUGCUCGAAGAACGGAAUGAAGAUGAUCCUGAUUCCACGAAUUUCACGACACAAAACAAGGCCACUGACUCUUCUAAGAAAAAAAAGUCCAUAAGGGCACCCAAGCAUACCAAAGCAGACGACAGCUCUAGUGACCUCUCUUCGAUUCCAGACGACGAAGGUACCGAGUCAAAGGCAGUCAAGGUCAAACGCAAAAGAAAGACCAAAGAGCAAAAAGAAGCAGAAGACAUGCCGCUGGCGCCAAGGACAACAGGUCUGAACAUGUUUGUUGGUGCUCAUGUCAGCAUUGCCAAAGGUGUCGAGAAUGCCAUUACCAAUGCCGUUCAUAUUGGUGGAAAUGCAUUGGCACUAUUUCUCCAGAGCCAGCGAAAAUGGGAGAACCCCGAUCUCAAGCCAGAGAACAGAGAUGCUUUCAUUCACGCCUGUUCCCGUCAUGGGAUCGACGCUAAGCAACACAUCGUCCCGCAUGGUUCCUACUUGGUCAAUCUUGCAGCCAAAGAUGCCGACCAGGCCAAGAAAUCCUAUGAUUUCUUCCUUAAGGACCUGAAGCGUUGUGAGGCUCUAGGCAUCAAAUACUACAAUUUCCAUCCUGGUGCAACAAACAAGGACCCCCUACCAGAGGCUAUUACCCGAUUGGCAACUCUACUGGAUAAGGCUCUUUCUGAGACGGAAACUGUAGUGCCUCUACUAGAAAAUAUGGCUGGCACAGAAACUAUCAUCGGAGGUCGCUUUUCAGAUCUUGCUCAGGUUAUUGCAAAGCUUAGACCGGAGCACCAAAACCGAAUUGGAAUUUGCAUCGAUACAUGUCAUACAUUUGCUGCUGGUUAUGACCUGAGAACGCCAGAAGCCUUUCAAAGGACAUUUCAAGAAUUGGAUGAUGUAGUUGGUUUGAAGUAUUUGAAGGCUUUGCACUUAAACGACUCGAAGGGUAUGUUCGGUUCAAAGAAGGAUUUACAUCAGAACAUUGGUCUUGGUUUUCUUGGUCUACGCGCUUUCCACAGUAUCAUGAAUGAGCCGCGCUUAACCAAUAUUCCCAUGAUCCUUGAGACACCAUGUGAAAGACCUGAUCCCAAAGACUCCAAGAAGACUAUCGACGACAAGACUGUCUAUGCGCGAGAGAUCAAGUUGCUUGAAAGUCUUAUUGGUAUGGAUCCUGAAAGUGCGGAAUAUAAGAAGCUCGAGUCUGAUCUGGCCAAGGAGGGCGAAGAAGAGAGGGACAAGAUGGCAAAGUGGCAAGCUGAGAAGGAGAAGAAAGAAAGAGACAAGGCUGAAAAGGCUCGAAAGAAAAUAGAGAAAGUGGAGCAGGGUCAGCAAAGUAUAGCUGGCAUGCUCGGUGGCAAGGGAACAAAGAAUAAGAAAAGGAGCACAUCCAGCAGCGGCUCAGAGUCCGAAUAA